AUUCAGUAAGUAAAAGCUAUUAUUUUUCUGGGAAUUGGUUUGGAUACAACUUCGAAGUAGAAAUGGCAUCUAAAGCUAAUCAGUUGAAGAACAAAUAUGUCACGGCGGUUUUAGUGGUAUUGUCCUGCCUUCCGUUAGUGUCGUCAAAAAUCUCUCGAAUUGUGAAUGGUGAGUCAGUACCUCAUUGUAAUUUCCCUUGGAUUGUCAAUUUAAGAAUACUGCGGGAACAUAAUUACAAGGACUAUACACAGAUGUGCGGCGCAUCAUUGAUUGCCAGAAACAAAGUUAUAACGGCUGCACAUUGUGUUCGAUCAGACAAGAAUGGUAAGGUUUUUAGAAUUGAAGUAAAUUUGGCGACGGAUAAUCCAGCAAAACCGGUCUACACCAUUCAGGGUUUACGUUAUAAAUAUAUAAAGCAGUACCACCUCAGCAGGAAUGGAAUGCCAUAUUACGAUAUUGCUAUAAUAGAACUGGAACAUCGCGUCACCUAUUCUAAAUGUCUCCGCCCUAUCACUCUACCCCAAAGAAACGAUGUUUUCACCGGAAAUUGCUGGGCUUUAGGAUGGGGCAGUAAUGGAUACGAUCAAAAACCUUCUGCCAGUCUUAAAAUUGUUCAGUUACCAAUCGUAAGCAAUAGUUAUUGCCCAUGGCCCGGUUUGAUCUAUGAACAAAUGUGUGCCGGAGUAUUUGAACCCUGGGGUGUACACAAAGGAAUCUGCUCCGGUGAUUCUGGUGGUCCACUAAUAUGCGUAAAGAACGAUAGGCCGGUUUUGGCUGGUUUAGCGAGUUUCGGAAAUUGUGGCAUGUAUCCAGGUGUAUUUACCAAAGUCUCAAGUUUUGUUGACUGGAUUUAUAAGAAUAUUGAGUAAUUGAUGUAAUCCUUUCGUCAUCGAUUGCUUCACAGUGUUAUAUCUAUAAACAGUUGUUCCAAAAAUGAAA